AUGUCAACAUUGAUGGAAACGGCUCUAUUACAAAAGAUUCAGGAGCAAGAAAUGAUGCCUUCACCAGCAUCAUCAGCUAUACUUGCUUCUGGAUGUUCGCAAGGUGCUGCAUCUUUCGCACAAGAACGGAUAUGGCUCGACGAAAAGAUCCAUCAUGACCCAACAACAUCACCUGCCAUGCAUAAUUUUAUUCUACCUUUAGUGAUUAAGCAUGGCUCAAUGCCAAUCGAGCGCAUUCGUUCGGCCGUUGUUGCUGUUCUUGAACAGCAUGAAAUACUUCGAACAGCAAUUUACUUUGAUGAAAAUCGUAAAAUGUUAGUCCAAGCGGUGCAGUCUAUGGUUAAUCAUGGUGCUUAUUCCUUUGAAAUAACAGCAAAUGAUAUACAUAGUUCCGAUGAAAUUGCUGAUCUACUUAGAAAUGAAUCGAUCAAGCAUUUUGCUGAAUUGGAACAGGGUGAAAUGAAACCGAUAGCCAAGACAAACGAUUCGAUAUUAAGUUUAUAUACUGAACAACCUUGGUUACAUGGCAAUGGUAUUGCUUCUCAUGAUAUGAAUUUAAAAAUGAUUCACAAUCACCUCAGCCAAACAACUUAUUGUAUUUUGGAAUGUAGUGCUGAUUGUUAUGAUGAAGUCACGGUGGCCAACAUUGGUCGAUAUUUUCAGAAUCUACUUUUACAUAUCUUCAUUGAAAAUACGAAAACCAUUGGAUUCGACCCAUUUCUUGAAAAAAUUGGAAAUCUUUCUCUUUUACCAAUGAACGUUGAAACUUUAUCCAACGUCAUCGAAUCGCUACGACAUUUCUCCGAAAUAAAACCAGCUUCAUAUGCUCAACAGCAAAUAUGGCUCGAUGAAGAACGUCGUUUGUAUUUGGACGGACCACAACUGGCAACAUACAAUAUGGUAUUUUGCUAUCGCCUUUCAACUGAUCAGACCUUAUCUGUUCAGCAGCUUUGUUAUGCACUCCAUCUUGUUGUUGACAAACAUCAAUCUCUAAGAACAGCACUUAUUUUUGAUACUACAAAAAACAUUCUUACACAACGAAUUAUUGACCAACAAAAUCAUAAAAACAAUCGAUUUUCUGUAGUCGAAAGUAUUUAUGAAACAGACGAACAACUGGAUGAAAUUAUCCACAAUGAGACACACAAUCCACAUAUUUUCGAUCUUGCUCAGGGUCUUGUCUUCCGAUGUCAUAUUGUUCGUUAUAAACAAGUUUCUACCAAUGAUCUUAUCUCCGAUAACGAUAUCAUCAUCUUUAACUUCCAUCAUGCCUCGUUCGACAUUUCAUCUAUGAAGAUAUUUCUCCAUGAUCUUCAUCAAGCAUACACCACAAGUCAGCUGCUCAAUGAUAGCAGCACCAACAGUCUUCGUUAUCUCGACUAUGCUGUCAUUGAACAACACAUGCCUAUGAUUGGUGCAAGCAUGUUCUGGCAUGAUGCUCUACAUGAUUGCAAACUAGAUCAGUCUCUCUCAUUACCAUAUGAUCGAUAUCGACUUACGAAUGAGUAUCGAUCUGGUUUUGCAACAUCUAUUUCAUUCGAUUUAGAUCAUGAUCUUCGUGACACUUUCCUUCACUACGCAUCUUCACAAAACAUCUCACUUGAACAUCUGGCGUUGUCUAUGUAUUUUGUCUUUCUGUUUAAGCUGACGAAUGGAGAAACGGAUCUAUGCAUUGGAAUGAAAGUAGAUAGUCGAUACAGAGAUGAACUUAAAUCAGUGACUGGUAUGUUUGUCAAUGCUAUUCCCUUGCGCUGUCAACUAGAUCCACAAUGGUUUCCACAUAAACUUGUUAAACAUGUUCAGGAGAUACUAACAAACAGUCGCAAAUACUCUUAUUUUCCUCUUCGACGUCUCCUAGAUCAACAUCCACGUGCUUCGAAAUCUACAUCUCUUAAUACAUUAUCGGAGUUCAUGCAAUAUUCACUACAAGAUCUCGGCAAAGACGUGAUUAUAGGCGACAGUUAUCUUUCUGUGAUGCUCAUUUCGAACAAAACUACUGAAGAUAACAUCAUGAACAAGUUUGACUUCAUUCUUAGUAUUCAGCAUGAUUUCGAUAUGAAUCAACUCUCUUGUACAAUCAAUGCAUCACUUGACUUGUUCAAUCGAGACACAGUGGAGACGAUUUCACAACGAUUUCAUUCCAUCUUACAUCAAUUAUCUGUAUCUAUGGUUGAUAAUCAAAUGAGCAAACCAAUCUAUGAAUUAUCAUUAACAUUAUCAAAUGAACAAUAUCUAAUGCAAUCAGUGAAUAAUACACAAAUAUCAUUUUCAUCUCCUCUCAUUUGUAUUCAUCAUAAAUUUGUUUAUCAAGUAAUGAAACAUCCACAAAAAUUAGCAGUUGAACUAGAUGAACAAUCAUUAACAUAUUGUGAACUCUUAUAUUAUGUUCAAAUGUUAUCUUUAACUCUUCUUAAUGAAUAUCACGUGUUUCCAGGUGAAAUCGUAAGUCAAUGUGUAGAGCGAAGUUUGGAAAUGGUGAUUGGUAUUAUGGCAAUUGAGAUGGCUGGUGGUGUUUAUUGUCCAUUAUCACCUCGAGAUCCGCAACACCGAUUACAUGCGCUAAUAGAGCAAACUCAAUGUCGUCUUGUGCUCGCUGAUCAUUCUACAAUGUUAAAGUUUUCUAGUGAAAUCGUUUUAUGCAACAUAGAUUUAAUAUGGACUAUCAACCACAUUAACGGUUCUAUAAUUCUGGAUCGCCUUUCGGAUAUUGUAUUAACGGCAGACAAUAUUGCAUAUAUUGUUUUUACUAGUGGUUCAACAGGAGCAUCGAAAGGAGUCCAAAUUCGUCAUCGAAACUUCUUGGCUUGCAUUGAUUCUCUUGUUCGAUUGAAUUUAUUCCCAAAUAAAGGUACCCUGAUACAAAUGGCAAGCUGCUCAUUUGAUGUGCAUGUUGAGGAGAUUAUUGGAGCUUUAAUCACUAGUUCAACAAUUAUAAUGCUUCAUCCUCAAGGUAAUAUGGAUUUAGACUAUAUGACAAAGACGUUAAAUGGGAAACAAGUAUCAUACCUCUCGUUGGUGCCGUCAUAUGCUAAUAUAUUGUUGGAAUUUUUAGAAAGUCACAACAUUUCAAGUUUCACCAGUUUGUGUAUUGUUGCUAUUGGUGGAGAAGCGAGCACAGUUCAACUUAUUGACAAGCUAUAUACAUAUCUACCGCAAGAUAGUUUUGUAUGGAACGGCUACGGACCUUCAGAAAUAACUGUCGACUCCACAAUUUAUGUUAUAGGUAGGAAUAUAAAUAUGACUAGCAUUCCAAUGGGACGUCCACUACUCAACUAUCGAUGUAUGAUUAUGAGUGAAUAUUUACAAUCAUCUGUUAGAGGUGAAGAAGGUGAAUUGUUUCUCGGUGGGGUGGGUGUGUUUGCUGGAUAUCUCGGACGUGAUGAUUUAACUGCAAAAGCUCUUCUUGAAAUAGAUGGUCAACUAUUUUAUCGAACAGGUGAUCUUGUUAGCACGGAUAACAACGGAAUUCUUCAUUAUCAAGGAAGAAAAGAUCAUCAAAUCAAAUUACAUGGACAAAGAAUUGAACUUGGUGAAAUAGAACGAUGUUUACUUAACAGUACAUCGAUAUCUGCUUGUGUUGUCAUGAAAUGGAAAGAUGAUCAUCUAGUUGCAUAUGUUCAAAGUCCUAAUAUCAACGAAGAAGAACUACGCCAACAUUGUCAAUCUCAUCUUCCACCACACAUGGUUCCAUCAGUAUUCAUUAUACUUGAUAAAUUACCUUUGAAUCCAAAUGGAAAAGUAGACAGAAAACAACUUCCUUCACCCCAAUUUUCAUUAUCAACUCUGUUAUCUUCCGAUCAAUCUGAUACUCCUCUUAAUCAGUUCGAAGAACGUAUACUCACUAUUUGGUGUCAAGUUCUUCAUUCUAAUCAAAAGCAUAUUUCUGGAACUACCAGUUUUUUUAGUGUUGGUGGUCAUUCACUGUUAUUUAUUGAGCUUUAUCACCAUUAUCAAUCAGUAUUUAACUUUGAUGCUCAUUCACUUUCCAUUGCUCCAUUUCUUCAACAACCAACGAUAUUUCAACAUUCACAAUUGCUUCAAACAGUUUUAAUGAAUAAUGUCAAGGCAACACAAUGGUACACAUUACAUAUAAAUGAAGGUAUUGCUUCUUUUGCUCAGGAGCGUAUAUUUCUUGAUGAACAAGUUCGUUUUUCGAGUGAUAUUGCUAUCUAUAAUGAAGUGUCCACUUUACAAGUUGUUCAAGGAUCAUUAUCAUUAGAUCGUUUAUUACAAGCAUUUCGAUAUAUUCUGCAUAAACAUAAAAUAUUACAUACAUCUCUUGUGUUUAACAAUGAUAAUGGUAUUUUGAAACAAUGCAUCACAGAUAUACACAAAACAUUCAAAAUAACUAUGAAUCAAACAUUUCAAAAUGAUAAUGAACUUCGAGAUAUUAUUUAUCAAACAACUAUUAACCCUAAUCUCUUCGAUUUAUCAACUGGUGAUGUUUUUCAUGCUGAAAUUCUGAAAUAUCAAAUAUCAUUAAAUGAAAAUGAAAAUAAUAACAAUGGAUUCAUAACUAAUUCUGAUGUUCUUCUGAUUGCUUUUCAUCAUGUAGCAUUUGAUCGAGCAAGUUCUUCGAUCUUUUUCAGUGAUCUAUGUUUAGCUUAUAAUACCAAUGCAACAUCGAUAGAAGAUGAUGAAUCAUUACAAUAUAUUGAUUAUAGUAUACAUGAACGUCUAAUCGAUAUGACAACAUCCCGUGAAUUUUGGUAUUCACAACUCGAAGGAUUUAACUUGAAACGUCGGUUGCCAUUACCAAUCGAUCACCAUUGUUUAUCUAAUGACCAACGAUCUGGUUUUGCUUCUGUUACUCAAAUCUCUUUUGACAACGAGAUUUCACAAUCAUUUCUUGAUUAUGCUUCUACACAUCAUGUGACAACAUUUCAGUUGGGUCUAACUAUAUUAUACACUUUUCUUUCCAAGUUAACACAUGGUGAAAAUGAUUUAUGUGUUUCUUGUCUUAAUGCUAAUCGACACAAAACUGAACUGCAGAAAAUAAUGGGAAUAUUUGUUUCAACAUUGCCAUAUCGUAUUCAACUUGACUCUCAAUGGUCAUUUGAUGAGGUUACUAAACAUGUACGAGAAAAAUGUUUAUCAAUUCUUGAACAUUCCCAUUAUCCACUUCAGCGUAUUCUUCGUGAUAUUCAUCUUAAUCAAUCAACUGUUCCUUUCCUUCAGACAGUUUUUGAUUUCAUUACUGUAUCUUCAGUUAACGAUCAGUUUACUUUCGAUGAUGCUGGUUUACAGCCAAUAUCAUUAAAACAGUUUUCGGAAGUGGCUAAAUUUGAUAUUAAGUUGACAUUUGUUUACAAUGCAAUUUCGGAUGAUAACAAAUUGUCGUGCUGUUUAACUUGUUCACGUGAUCUAUUUGACAAUAAAACAAUUACAAAAAUGAUAGAAAGAUUUCAAUAUCUUUUCGAACAACUUUUUUCAGCGAAUUCCAAUGUUAAUCAAACUGAUUUAGUAGUUUCACCUAUUGCCAAACUUACUCUUAUCUUACCAGAUGAAGUGAAUGAAAUGCAACAUGUAGCUUUUUACCGUCAACCAAUUGUGACGAACGAAGGUAUGUCUUAUUCCUAUUUAUCACAUAUAUAUAAUACUGUUAUUGAUAUAACACCAGCAUCAUUUGCACAAGCUCGUGUUUGGCUCGACGAACACACUCGUUUCAAUUCUAAUCCAUCUCAAGUAGCAAUCUAUAACACGUGUUUUGUGUAUCGUCUUCAUUCAGGAUAUACUUUAUCAGUUAAACAACUUUCUCGCGCUCUUCAACUAGUCGUCACAAAACAUGAAACACUUCGUACAUCACUCAUAUUUCAUAAAGAAAAGAAUCUACUUAGGCAGCAAAUUAUUGAUUUGAACGACAAUAAUAAUGUACUAUUUCCAUUUUUUAAAAGUGUGUUUGAAACCGAUGAACAAAUCAACAAUAUUGUAUAUGAUGAACAACAAAACACGCAACAUUUUGAUAUCUCCCAAGGUCUUGUCUUCCGUUGCCACUUUGUCUACUGCAAAGAAAUCUCGGCUAAUGAUCUUCUUUCUGAUAAAGAUGUAAUCAUUUUUAAUUUUUAUCAUGCUUCGUUUGAUUUUUCAUCAAUGAAUAUAUUUCUUCAUGAUCUUAAUCAAGCAUAUACAACAGGUCAAUUAUCAUAUGAUGACAACACUACUCUACGUUAUCUCGAUUAUGCUGUUAUUGAACAACAAAUGUCAAUGACUGGUGCAAGUAUGUUUUGGCUUGAUGCUCUUCAUGAUUGUAAACUGGAUCAACCUUUGCCAUUACCAUUCGAUCGAUAUCGUCUCACAAAUGAACAUCGAACUUGUCAUACAACAUCUAUUUCUUUUGAUUUUGAUCCGAAUCUGUUACAAUACUUUCUUAGUUAUUCAUCAUUUAAUGGCAUAUCAUUUCAACAUCUCACAUUUGCUAUUUAUUUCAUUUUCUUCUUUAAAUUAACAAAUGGAGAAAAAGAUUUAUGUAUUGGAAUGACUGUCGAUAACCGAUAUAGAGAUGAAUUUAAAUCAAUCAUUGGAUUAUUUGAGAAUAUAAUUCCAGUACGAUGUCAAUUAGAUCCUCAAUGGUCUUUUCAUAAACUGCUUGUGUACGUCCAAGAGCUUGUAACAAAAAGUAUGAAAUACUCAUAUUUUCCUCUUCAACGAAUCCUUGAUCAACAUUCGAAUAUAUCAAAUCCUGCGUUUCUUAACACAUCAUUUGAGUUCAUAUCAACUACAAUAAAAGAUGAUAAUCAACUUUCUUUACUACCAUUUUUACCGAAAAUUACUGGAAAUGAAAGAAUGAGUAUUUUUGAUUUUAUCGCUAGUUUUCAGCAUAACAUGGAUGUAGAUGCACUCUCAUGUACAAUCAGUGCAUCACUUGAUUUAUUCAAUGUAGAAACAAUUAAUAAGGUAUCUCAACAAUUUCAUUCAAUGUUGAAUCAAUUAUUUACAUCUGUUGAUGAUCGAAUGAAUAAAUCAAUCUAUGAAAUAUCAUUAACAUUACCAAAUGAAAAAUUACUGAUGCAAUCAAUGAAUAAUACGCAAGUACUAUUUCAUUCUGGUACUUGUAUUCAUCAUGAAUUUGUGUAUCAAGUAAUGAAACAUCCACAAAAGCUAGCAGUUGAACUGGAUGAACAAUCAUUGACCUAUUGUGAACUCUUAUAUUAUGUUCAAGUGUUAUCUUUAACUCUUCUUAAUGAGUAUCAUGUGUUGCCGAGUGAUAUUGUGUGUCAAUGUGUUGAGCGAAGUUUGUCAAUGGUCAUUGGUAUUUUGUCAAUAGCUAUGGUUGGUAGUGCGUAUUGUCCAUUAUCGUUACGAGAUCCUCCACAACGUCUACAAGCUCUUGUCAAUCAGACUCAGAGUCGUUUAGUUUUGGUUCAUGGAAGUACACCAGCUGUUCUCAGCCCCGACAAUCUAACUCUAAAUAUUGAUUCCGUUAUUCGUUUCGAAGAAAGAUCUAGUGCAAUUAAUCUCAAUGAACUUUCAAAUAUUGCUGUAACACCAGAAAGUGUUGUCUUUGUAAUUUUUACAAGUGGCUCAACUGGUAUCCCAAAAGCGGUUCAACUGCGCCACCGAAACUUCACUGAGUUUAUGCAUUCAUUUGUGAAUAUUGAUGUAUUAACAAAGUCUGACAUAAUAAUACAGAUGGCUCGAUGCUCUUUUGACAAUCAUCUGCUAAGCUUAGUGGGUACAUUAGUUGUUGGAGCCACAUUAAUAAUGCUUCGACCAGAAGGCAAUAUGGAUUUAGAAUAUCUUGCCAGUGUGCUUCAUCAAAAGCAGAUCACUGUCAUGCAUGCUGUUCCGUCGCUUCUGAACAGUUUAUUUGAAUUUCUCCGAAUAAGAAAGCGUACGUCAGCAAUGAAAUAUUUACGAUCUUUAUGCAGCGGUGGAGAGGCUGUUAGUGUUAAGCAAGUUAGUCUAUUUCAUAGUUUACUUGGAGAGCAAUGCCGAAUUCGAAACCAUUAUGGCCCAGCCGAAAUCACGAUCAAUUGUGCUUGUUAUUUAAUUGAUCUGAGCAAAAGUCAAACAAGCAUUUCUAUAGGUCAGCUUUUACCCAAUUAUCAAUGUCUGAUUUUGGACGCGUUCUCACAGUCUGUCCGUAUUGGCGAUGAAGGAGCAUUGCUAGUAAGAGGUGUGGGUAUCUUUGCUGGUUAUUUCAAUCGUGAUGAUUUGACAGCAAAGGCAAUGAUCAUUAUCAACGGGGCAAUGUACUAUAGAACAGGUGAUCUUGUUAGCACGGAUAACAACGGAAUUCUUCAUUAUCAAGGAAGAAAAGAUCAUCAAAUCAAAUUACAUGGACAAAGAAUUGAACUUGGUGAAAUAGAACGAUGUUUACUUAACAGUACAUCGAUAUCUGCUUGUGUUGUCAUGAAAUGGAAAGAUGAUCAUCUAGUUGCAUAUGUUCAAAGUCCUAAUAUCAACGAAGAAGAACUACGCCAACAUUGUCAAUCUCAUCUUCCACCACACAUGGUUCCAUCAGUAUUCAUUAUACUUGAUAAAUUACCUUUGAAUCCAAAUGGAAAAGUAGACAGAAAACAACUUCCUUCACCCCAAUUUUCAUUAUCAACUCUGUUAUCUUCCGAUCAAUCUGAUACUCCUCUUAAUCAGUUCGAAGAACGUAUACUCACUAUUUGGUGUCAAGUUCUUCAUUCUAAUCAAAAGCAUAUUUCUGGAACUACCAGUUUUUUUAGUGUUGGUGGUCAUUCACUGUUAUUUAUUGAGCUUUAUCACCAUUAUCAAUCAGUAUUUAACUUUGAUGCUCAUUCACUUUCCAUUGCUCCAUUUCUUCAACAACCAACGAUAUUUCAACAUUCACAAUUGCUUCAAACAGUUUUAAUGAAUAAUGUCAAGGCAACACAAUGGUACACAUUACAUAUAAAUGAAGGUAUUGCUUCUUUUGCUCAGGAGCGUAUAUUUCUUGAUGAACAAGUUCGUUUUUCGAGUGAUAUUGCUAUCUAUAAUGAAGUGUCCACUUUACAAGUUGUUCAAGGAUCAUUAUCAUUAGAUCGUUUAUUACAAGCAUUUCGAUAUAUUCUGCAUAAACAUAAAAUAUUACAUACAUCUCUUGUGUUUAACAAUGAUAAUGGUAUUUUGAAACAAUGCAUCACAGAUAUACACAAAACAUUCAAAAUAACUAUGAAUCAAACAUUUCAAAAUGAUAAUGAACUUCGAGAUAUUAUUUAUCAAACAACUAUUAACCCUAAUCUCUUCGAUUUAUCAACUGGUGAUGUUUUUCAUGCUGAAAUUCUGAAAUAUCAAAUAUCAUUAAAUGAAAAUGAAAAUAAUAACAAUGGAUUCAUAACUAAUUCUGAUGUUCUUCUGAUUGCUUUUCAUCAUGUAGCAUUUGAUCGAGCAAGUUCUUCGAUCUUUUUCAGUGAUCUAUGUUUAGCUUAUAAUACCAAUGCAACAUCGAUAGAAGAUGAUGAAUCAUUACAAUAUAUUGAUUAUAGUAUACAUGAACGUCUAAUCGAUAUGACAACAUCCCGUGAAUUUUGGUAUUCACAACUCGAAGGAUUUAACUUGAAACGUCGGUUGCCAUUACCAAUCGAUCACCAUUGUUUAUCUAAUGACCAACGAUCUGGUUUUGCUUCUGUUACUCAAAUCUCUUUUGACAACGAGAUUUCACAAUCAUUUCUUGAUUAUGCUUCUACACAUCAUGUGACAACAUUUCAGUUGGGUCUAACUAUAUUAUACACUUUUCUUUCCAAGUUAACACAUGGUGAAAAUGAUUUAUGUGUUUCUUGUCUUAAUGCUAAUCGACACAAAACUGAACUGCAGAAAAUAAUGGGAAUAUUUGUUUCAACAUUGCCAUAUCGUAUUCAACUUGACUCUCAAUGGUCAUUUGAUGAGGUUACUAAACAUGUACGAGAAAAAUGUUUAUCAAUUCUUGAACAUUCCCAUUAUCCACUUCAGCGUAUUCUUCGUGAUAUUCAUCUUAAUCAAUCAACUGUUCCUUUCCUUCAGACAGUUUUUGAUUUCAUUACUGUAUCUUCAGUUAACGAUCAGUUUACUUUCGAUGAUGCUGGUUUACAGCCAAUAUCAUUAAAACAGUUUUCGGAAGUGGCUAAAUUUGAUAUUAAGUUGACAUUUGUUUACAAUGCAAUUUCGGAUGAUAACAAAUUGUCGUGCUGUUUAACUUGUUCACGUGAUCUAUUUGACAAUAAAACAAUUACAAAAAUGAUAGAAAGAUUUCAAUAUCUUUUCGAACAACUUUUUUCAGCGAAUUCCAAUGUUAAUCAAACUGAUUUAGUAGUUUCACCUAUUGCCAAACUUACUCUUAUCUUACCAGAUGAAGUGAAUGAAAUGCAACAUGUAGCUUUUUACCGUCAACCAAUUGUGACGAACGAAGGUAUGUCUUAUUCCUAUUUAUCACAUAUAUAUAAUACUGUUAUUGAUAUAACACCAGCAUCAUUUGCACAAGCUCGUGUUUGGCUCGACGAACACACUCGUUUCAAUUCUAAUCCAUCUCAAGUAGCAAUCUAUAACACGUGUUUUGUGUAUCGUCUUCAUUCAGGAUAUACUUUAUCAGUUAAACAACUUUCUCGCGCUCUUCAACUAGUCGUCACAAAACAUGAAACACUUCGUACAUCACUCAUAUUUCAUAAAGAAAAGAAUCUACUUAGGCAGCAAAUUAUUGAUUUGAACGACAAUAAUAAUGUACUAUUUCCAUUUUUUAAAAGUGUGUUUGAAACCGAUGAACAAAUCAACAAUAUUGUAUAUGAUGAACAACAAAACACGCAACAUUUUGAUAUCUCCCAAGGUCUUGUCUUCCGUUGCCACUUUGUCUACUGCAAAGAAAUCUCGGCUAAUGAUCUUCUUUCUGAUAAAGAUGUAAUCAUUUUUAAUUUUUAUCAUGCUUCGUUUGAUUUUUCAUCAAUGAAUAUAUUUCUUCAUGAUCUUAAUCAAGCAUAUACAACAGGUCAAUUAUCAUAUGAUGACAACACUACUCUACGUUAUCUCGAUUAUGCUGUUAUUGAACAACAAAUGUCAAUGACUGGUGCAAGUAUGUUUUGGCUUGAUGCUCUUCAUGAUUGUAAACUGGAUCAACCUUUGCCAUUACCAUUCGAUCGAUAUCGUCUCACAAAUGAACAUCGAACUUGUCAUACAACAUCUAUUUCUUUUGAUUUUGAUCCGAAUCUGUUACAAUACUUUCUUAGUUAUUCAUCAUUUAAUGGCAUAUCAUUUCAACAUCUCACAUUUGCUAUUUAUUUCAUUUUCUUCUUUAAAUUAACAAAUGGAGAAAAAGAUUUAUGUAUUGGAAUGACUGUCGAUAACCGAUAUAGAGAUGAAUUUAAAUCAAUCAUUGGAUUAUUUGAGAAUAUAAUUCCAGUACGAUGUCAAUUAGAUCCUCAAUGGUCUUUUCAUAAACUGCUUGUGUACGUCCAAGAGCUUGUAACAAAAAGUAUGAAAUACUCAUAUUUUCCUCUUCAACGAAUCCUUGAUCAACAUUCGAAUAUAUCAAAUCCUGCGUUUCUUAACACAUCAUUUGAGUUCAUAUCAACUACAAUAAAAGAUGAUAAUCAACUUUCUUUACUACCAUUUUUACCGAAAAUUACUGGAAAUGAAAGAAUGAGUAUUUUUGAUUUUAUCGCUAGUUUUCAGCAUAACAUGGAUGUAGAUGCACUCUCAUGUACAAUCAGUGCAUCACUUGAUUUAUUCAAUGUAGAAACAAUUAAUAAGGUAUCUCAACAAUUUCAUUCAAUGUUGAAUCAAUUAUUUACAUCUGUUGAUGAUCGAAUGAAUAAAUCAAUCUAUGAAAUAUCAUUAACAUUACCAAAUGAAAAAUUACUGAUGCAAUCAAUGAAUAAUACGCAAGUACUAUUUCAUUCUGGUACUUGUAUUCAUCAUGAAUUUGUGUAUCAAGUAAUGAAACAUCCACAAAAGCUAGCAGUUGAACUGGAUGAACAAUCAUUGACCUAUUGUGAACUCUUAUAUUAUGUUCAAGUGUUAUCUUUAACUCUUCUUAAUGAGUAUCAUGUGUUGCCGAGUGAUAUUGUGUGUCAAUGUGUUGAGCGAAGUUUGUCAAUGGUCAUUGGUAUUUUGUCAAUAGCUAUGGUUGGUAGUGCGUAUUGUCCAUUAUCGUUACGAGAUCCUCCACAACGUCUACAAGCUCUUGUCAAUCAGACUCAGAGUCGUUUAGUUUUGGUUCAUGGAAGUACACCAGCUGUUCUCAGCCCCGACAAUCUAACUCUAAAUAUUGAUUCCGUUAUUCGUUUCGAAGAAAGAUCUAGUGCAAUUAAUCUCAAUGAACUUUCAAAUAUUGCUGUAACACCAGAAAGUGUUGUCUUUGUAAUUUUUACAAGUGGCUCAACUGGUAUCCCAAAAGCGGUUCAACUGCGCCACCGAAACUUCACUGAGUUUAUGCAUUCAUUUGUGAAUAUUGAUGUAUUAACAAAGUCUGACAUAAUAAUACAGAUGGCUCGAUGCUCUUUUGACAAUCAUCUGCUAAGCUUAGUGGGUACAUUAGUUGUUGGAGCCACAUUAAUAAUGCUUCGACCAGAAGGCAAUAUGGAUUUAGAAUAUCUUGCCAGUGUGCUUCAUCAAAAGCAGAUCACUGUCAUGCAUGCUGUUCCGUCGCUUCUGAACAGUUUAUUUGAAUUUCUCCGAAUAAGAAAGCGUACGUCAGCAAUGAAAUAUUUACGAUCUUUAUGCAGCGGUGGAGAGGCUGUUAGUGUUAAGCAAGUUAGUCUAUUUCAUAGUUUACUUGGAGAGCAAUGCCGAAUUCGAAACCAUUAUGGCCCAGCCGAAAUCACGAUCAAUUGUGCUUGUUAUUUAAUUGAUCUGAGCAAAAGUCAAACAAGCAUUUCUAUAGGUCAGCUUUUACCCAAUUAUCAAUGUCUGAUUUUGGACGCGUUCUCACAGUCUGUCCGUAUUGGCGAUGAAGGAGCAUUGCUAGUAAGAGGUGUGGGUAUCUUUGCUGGUUAUUUCAAUCGUGAUGAUUUGACAGCAAAGGCAAUGAUCAUUAUCAACGGGGCAAUGUACUAUAGAACAGGUGAUCUUGUUAGCACGGAUAACAACGGAAUUCUUCAUUAUCAAGGAAGAAAAGAUCAUCAAAUCAAAUUACAUGGACAAAGAAUUGAACUUGGUGAAAUAGAACGAUGUUUACUUAACAGUACAUCUAUAUCUGCUUGUGUUGUCAUGAAAUGGAAUGAUGAUUACUUAGUUGCAUAUGUUCAAUCUUCUUCUCAUAACAAUGAAGAACAACUACGGCAAAGUUGUCAAUCUCAUCUCCCACCACAUAUGAUUCCAUCAAUAUUCAUUAUACUUGAUAAAUUACCUUUGAAUCCAAAUGGAAAAGUAGAUCGAAAACUUCUUCCGCCACCUCACUUCUCAUCUACAAAUCUCACAAACAGUAUAGAACUAUUAUCACCAACAAAUGAUAUUCAAGUCACUAUUCAUCAUAUUUGGUGUGAGAUAUUCAAACAAAACCAAAUCUCAACUGAUACAAAUAUCUUUACUAUCGGUGGUCAUUCAUUACUUAUGAUGCAACUAUUUCAUCGAUAUAAGAUCGAAUUUCAUUUAGAAACAGAUACUCUUUCUAUUUCGAAUCUAUUUCAACACCCAACAAUUAUUCAUCAUGCUCAACUCAUUUAUCAAACUAUAAAUACGACAGAGAAUAUCAAUGCCUAUCAUUGGUCUUCAUUACAUCUCAUUCAAGCUAGAGUAUCAUUUGCACAAGAACGGAUCUAUUUAGAUGAACAAAUUCGUUUUUCAUCCAACAAAACCACCAUGAAGAAUAUGUAUGUUAUUCCAUUACUUUAUCGCAUAGCAUCUAUGAAUGAUCAUAUAUUAAUUACUCGAUUACAUCAUGCAUUCCAAAGUAUUAUCACGAAACAUAAUAUUCUUCGAACAGCACUUUAUCUUGAUGAUACAAAUAGCAAAAUUAUGCAAUACUGCUUAGAUACAAAUACCCUUCUUAACGAUGAUCAUAUGAAAUCAUAUGGAUUGACAAUUGUCAAUCUUCAUAAUGAUGAUCAUCGUCAUAUGAAUGAAGUUAUUGAAGGAAUAUUAAACCAAGCUGAUUUAUUUGAUUUAUCAAAAGGAUGUGUUAUACGUUGUCAUAUUCUUCGUCAUUCCCAGUAUUUUCGAGAUAAUGUCUCGUAUGAGAAUGAUGAUCUAUUAAGUGAAAAUGAUCACAUAUUGAUUAGUAUUCAUCAUGCAAUGUUUGAUGGAGCAUCAACAUCAAUCUUUCUUCGUGAUCUUUCUCUUGCUUAUCAAUCGCAUGACUCAUUAUCUAUGGAUGAUAACUCAUUCGAAUAUAUAGAUUAUUCUGUUCAUGAACAUAUCAUGGAUAUGUCAUUAUCUCGUGAAUUCUGGCAUUCACAACUUCAAAGAUACAAUAUGGAAUGUUCACUAUCAUUACCAAUGGAUCGACAACGUUCAUCAACUAGUCAACAACGAUCUGGUUCAGCAUCUACAGCUGAAAUCACUUUCGAUAAUGAACUAUGCACGUCAUUUCUAAAUUAUGCAUCAUCGCAUCAUCUCACACUUUUUCAACUUGGAUUAUCCAUAUUUUAUGUGUUUCUAUUCAAAUUAACUCAUGGUGAAAAUGAUUUGUGCAUUUCUUCUAUCAAUGCUAAUCGAUAUCGAAGUGAAUUAGUGAAUAUGAUUGGAAUGUUUGUUUCAACAUUACCAUAUCGUUUAGAAAUUGAUCCUCAUUGGUCAUUUGAUGAAGUAGUUAAACAUGUACAAGAAAAAUGUUUAUCAAUUCUUGAACAUUCUCAUUAUCCACUUCAACGUAUUCUUGGUGAUAAUGGAUUAAAUCAAUCAAAUGUAUCAUUUCUUGAGAUAAUGUUUGAUUUUAUCACUGUGUCAAAAGAUAUGGGAUAUUUAAGUUUGAAUGAUGCAAAUUUAGAACAAGUAUCAUUAGAACAAUCAGCUGAAGUGGUAAAAUUUGACUUCUCAUUAACAUUUGUAUACAAUUCAUCUCCAGAUGAUAAUCAGUUGUCUUUUUCUUUUGUUUGUUCACAUGAUUUGUUUGAAAAAUCAACUAUUUCAAAAAUGGCUCAAAGAUUUGAAUAUAUGUUUGAGCAACUGUUUCAAACACAAUCAAGCAACAUUCCUGUGAUGAAUGUGAGUUCAUCGAUUAACAAAGUGUGUCUUAUUCUUCCUGAAGAAACUGAAGAAACGGAACUAGUUGUGUUUCAUCGAUUGAAGAGUAUUGUGAAUGAAGCACCAGCAUCAUUUGCUCAAACUCAUCUUUAUCUUAAUGAACAUAUUCAUUUCAUUUCGAACAAAUCCGAAGUAACAAUCUACAACAUGUCCUUUGUCUAUCAUCUGCACUCACAUCAUACUUUAUCAGUACCACAUCUUCGCCAUGCUCUUCAAUUAAUCGUUUCAAAACAUAAAUCUCUUCGAACAUCACUCAUAUUUAAUACACACAACAAUCGACUAAUGCAACAAAUCAUCGAUCGAAACCAAAAUAGCAAUACAUUAUUUUCAUUUAUUGAAAGCACUUAUACAACACAUGAACAACUCAAUCAUAUCAUAUAUGAAGAAAAAUAUAAUCCUCAACUAUUUAAUCUUGCUCAAGGUCUUGUCUUUCGAUGCCAUAUUAUUUAUUACAAACAAAUCUCUUCAAAUCACCUACUUUCACAUAAAGAUGUACUUAUCUUCAACUUCCAUCAUGCUUUAUUUGACUUUUCAUCAAUAAAUCUAUUUCUUCAUGAUCUUACUCAAGCAUAUACAACAGGUCAAUUACUAUAUGAUGACAACAUUCUUUUACGUUAUCUCGAUUAUGCUGUUAUUGAACAACAAAUGUCAAUGACUGGCGCAAGUAUGUUUUGGCUUGAUGCUCUUCAUGAUUGUAAACUAGAUCAACCUCUGUCAUUACCAUAUGAUCGAUAUCGUCUCUCAAAUGAACAUCGAACUGGUCGUGGAACAUCGAUUUCAUUUGAUUUUGAUCAAGAUCUUUCACAUGACUUUCUCAUCCAUGCAUCAUCAAACAACAUAUCACUGGAACAUCUCACAUUUGCAAUAUAUUUCAUCUUUCUAUUUAAAUUAACUAAUGAACAAACAGAUCUAUGUAUUGCUAUGAACAUCAAUAAUAAUCGAUAUAGAGAUGAACUCAAAUCAGUCAUUGGACUGUUUGAGAAUGUCAUUCCAUUACGAUGUCAAUUAGAUCCUCACUGGUGUUUUCAUCAAGUACUCGAACAUGUUCAAGAGAUAACAACAAAUAGUACGAAAUAUUCAUAUUUUCCACUUCAACAUAUUCUCGAUCAACAUACACAUAUUUCCAAACAUGCAUUUCUCGAUACAUCUCUGGAGUUUAUAUCAUACAAGAGCAACAACGACAACAAUGCCAUUAUGAUUGGUGAUUCUCAACUAGUUCCAAGAUUUCUCUCAUUGAAUAUUAAUGAAGAUGAGAUACAAAGUGUAUGCGACUUCUCUCUUUCUCUUUAUCAUGAUAUGAACAUGAAUCAACUGUCAUGCACAAUCAAUGCAUCAUUUGACUUAUUCAAUAGAGAGACAGUGGAGAAGAUUUCACAACGAUUUCAUUCCAUUUUAUAUCAAGUAUCUCCAUCUAUUAUUGAUAGUCAAAUAAAUAAACCUAUCUAUGAACUAUCAUUAACAUUAUCAAAUGAACAAUAUCUAAUGCAAUCAAUGAAUAAUACACAAAUAUCAUUUCCGUCUCCUCUGGCGUGUAUCCAUCAUGAGUUUGUAUAUCAAGUAAUGAAACAUCCACAGAAAUUAGCAGUUGAAUUGGAUGAACAAUCAUUGUCAUAUUGUGAACUUCUAUACUAUGUUCAAGUAUUAUCUCUAACUCUUCUUAACGAAUAUCAUGUCAUUCCAGGUGAAAUAGUUUGUCAAUGUGUUGAGAGAAGUUUGUCAAUGAUCAUCGGUUUAUUAUCGAUUGAAACAAUUGGUGGUGUAUAUUGUCCAUUAUCACCAGAAAAUCCCGAACAACGCCUUCAAAAUCUUGUAGAACAAACACAAGCUCGUCUUAUACUUGUUCAUUCAUUAACAAAUCGAAUAUUUAAAAAUAAUUUUAUUGCAUAUGAUAUUGAUACAGCUAUAAACAUUAACGAUAAAAUUACAAAUGAUGAUCUUUAUCAAUUAUCAAAUAUUUCAAUAACUCCAGACGAUAUAUCAUACAUUGUUUUUACAAGUGGCUCAACAGGAAUACCAAAAGCGGUUCAAGUGCGGCAUCGUAAUUUAACUGCUUAUAUGCAAAGUGUUGCUAAAAUGACAACACUGAAAAAAAGUGACAAUGUAAUACAAAUGGCAAGUUGUUCUUUUGACACUCAUUUUCAAGAUACUUUUGUAACAUUAAUGAUUGGUGCUGGUUUAGUUAUGUUACAUCCUCAUGGUAAUAAAGAUUUAACUUAUCUUAUUCAUGAAUUGAUGGAUAAGGAUGUUACAUUUAUGGAUGCUGUACCAAGUUAUCUUGAUGCAUUAUGUCAACAUCUUGAAAUACAAAAUGCGACUGAAUGUUUAAAGAAAUUGCGAACAUUGUGUAGUGGAGGUGAUGUUUUGACAAAUCAAAUAAUGUCUCGUUUAAAAAAAUAUGUAUCUGUACCAUCAUCAGCGUCGUCGUCGGGUGGCUGUCAACUAUGGAAUGUGUAUGGGCCAGCUGAAGCAACAAUUACUACAACAUAUUUUCAAAUAGGAUUUGAUUUUGAUUGUGAUAAACAGCUGAUGUCAAUCGGGAAACUCCUUCCUAAUUAUCAAUGUGCAAUUAUGGAUGAAUAUUUUCAAUUUGUUGUUGUUAAUCAAGAAGGUGAAUUAUUUGUUGGUGGUGCAUGUGUAUUUGCUGGAUAUUUUGAUCGUGGUGAUUUGACAGCAAAAAUAUUGGUGGAGAUUAAUAAUGAUAUAUUUUAUCAGAGUGGUGAUCUUGUUCGAUAUGAUCAUCAAGGUUUUCUUUAUUUCAAAGGUAGAAAAGAUCAUCAAGUGAAAUUACGAGGGCAACGUAUUGAAUUGGCUGAAAUUGAGAGAUGUCUUAUGAAUAUAUCUUUACUUGUGUCUGCUUGUACUGUUAUCAAAUGGAAUGAUGAUUAUUUAGUUGCUUAUGUUCAAUCAUCGCAUGUCAAUGAAGGACGACUACGUCAACAUUGUCAAUCUCAUCUUCCACCACACAUGAUUCCAUCCAUAUUCAUUAUACUUGAUAAAUUACCUUUGAAUCAAAAUGGAAAAGUAGAUCGAAAACUUCUACCACUACCUGAUUUGUCAUCGUCCAGUGGUAAUCAUGAUGAUAAUGUGCCGCGCAACACCUUAGAACAACAGUUACAAGAUAUAUAUAGUCAAGCUUUUCAUAUUGAAUCUCCUCAUGUUGAAAUUCCUUUUGGUCAACUUGGUGGUACUUCACUGAGUGCUAUUCUUGCACUUUCAUUGAUCCGCCAACAGGUCUCUAAUAAACUUGACAUUGGUCUUUUAUUUGCUAAUCCAUCUAUUCGGCAAUUAGCUCAAGCUAUAGAACCUUUAUUAGUUAUUGAAGAACUACAAGAGACAGCUUCCACAGUUAAUGAAGUUCAUGAAACAAAUGUUCGUCUGACACCUUCCAUUGUCAUAGAAUCUUUAGGUAUUGCACUCCUAGUCUGCCAGUGGUUGUGUCCGAUCAUGAUAAUUCAUCAAUGGUGUCCACUUCUUUUUCCUAUCUUACCAAUAUGUCAUCUUUUAUCCUAUGUCAUAUGUUCACGUCUACUUUCACCACGAAACAUUAAAGGUGGCAAUAUUUUCUCUUGGAGCUAUUAUCGUUGGUGGUUUUUAGAUCGACUAUGGGAUAAUAAUACAUUCUGGUUGCAACAUAUGCUUGGUACAUCUUUGUACAGUUACUAUCUUCGUCUUUGUGGUGCUCGAAUUAGUCUCAACACACAUAUUUAUACCACAACUAUCGAUGCUCCAUGGUUGUUAGAUAUUGGUGAUGGAACUUGGAUUGCUGAUAAAACGACUCUAAAUUGUUUAUAUUACAACGAUAACAAUAAUUUUACACUACAUUCAAUUAAAAUUGGUUGCUAUUGUUCAAUCAGUGCUCGAUCAAUUCUGUUUGGUGAAGUUGAUAUGCAAGAUAAUAUUAUUGUUCAGCCUAUGUCAUCAUUCACUGGUUUCAUCGAAUCUCGAACGAUUAUCGAUGGUGACGAACAUAAAUCGGUUUCAUCAGGCAUUUCAAUCACACAGAGUAACAGAUCAUUCUCAAUAUGGCACAAGAUCUAUCAAGUUGUUACAGUCAUCUCAUUGAUCUGUAUUCAUUGUACACUCUUAGCCAUGGUCUACAAAGUUUAUUCAGUUGAACAAAUACCAUUACCUAUUAGUAUUGCUUUUUGCUGGACUUCGUGGUCAAUUGUUGCUUGCUUUGUCACUCUCUUUCUCCUAAAAUUUGUAGUCGGUUCUUGUACUGCGGGUGAGACAUAUCCAAUUGCAUCAUGGUCAUAUUUACAUAAAGUGUGGCUUCGUCAAUUAAUUGUAUCUAGCUUUCAUCAUGCCUGGUUACUACCAUCUGGAUAUGAUUAUCUUUAUCCUUUUAUUCUCCGUUGGCUAGGUGCUCAAGUUGAAGAUGAUGUCCAACUCGCCAAUAUAGACAUCUUCUUGUCCUAUCCAACAAAUUUAUUAAAACUCGAAGCAGGAGUGACUAGUUUUGGUUACGUUUUAUUAGUUCCUACUGAGAUGACACUUGAGGGUGACCAUCGUGUAGAUUGUAUAACACUUGGAUCUCAUACAAACCUUGGUAAUUUUUGUUCAAUUUUGCCGGGUAGUCACCUUGCAUCUCAUACUAUGGUUGGCAAUUUAACGCGCAUCACUCGAGAGACGAAUAGCAACAAUGGAGAUAUUUUCAUUGGUGUUCCAGCUCGUGCUAUGCCAUUUCAAAUGCCUAUUAGAGAAGCAAUGGAUAAUCAAAUCAAAACUAUUCCAUUUUGGAUGACAUGUUUUUCUCAUUAUAUUAGUAAAUGUCUUCUCAUAGGUAUUUAUUGGUCAUGUGGUCUUAUUGGUGGACUAAUUCUUCAUACAAUCAUUGUUUGUAGUUUAUAUCGAUGGUAUUUAUAUGCAGACAAUAAAAUCAUCAAACAGAUAACAGGAAAACUAGAAGAAGACCAUCGAAUUUUUGUUUGUUCAUUUCUUGGUAAUACACAAUGGCUCAUUCGGUUAUUUCGAGCAUAUGGUGCAAACAUCGGCAACAAUGUGAUCUUACCUGAUUUUUCUUCUAUAUUUGAUUACGAUUUGGUGACCAUUGGAGAUAAUGUUCGACUUAAUAUCAAUGCUAUUAUUGUGUGUCACACUUUCGAACAGCGUAUUCUGAAACUAGUUCCUGUUACAGUAGGCAACUCGUGCGUUCUUAUGAGUGGGUCAAUUGUGAUGCCAGGUUGUAAAUUAAUGGGUAACAAUCGGCUUUAUCCGUUUACACUCGUAAUGAAAAAUGAUUUAUUACAACCGAACACACAAUGGAAAGGACUUCCUGCACAAUCUUAUGUGCCAAAAUCAAUAUUAUCUCGAUCUGUACCCGUUUGUGAUGAUAUCGUCAAAUGUCAACAGAAAUCCAACAACGUUGACCGACUGUCUUUAUGGUAUGAAAAAAUUUCAAGCAUCUAUACGAAUGUCAAUGAACUACAAUUUAUGAAUUGGGGCUAUGCAGAUUUGGACGAACAUAUCGAUGAUAAUACUGGUUAUUAUUCGAAGAAACUUUAUCAACAGGUUCUUGCUAAUAUAACACUUACGGAUAAAAAUAUAUUCGAAGUGGGUUGUGGAAGAGGUGCUGGCGCUGCCUGGUGUGUUCGUACAUAUACUCCUCGCUCUUAUGUUGGAAUAGAUCUUUCUCGAGAUGUUAUUAACCUAUGUGAAGAACUUUAUUCGACAAUUACUGGACUCUCGUUUAUGAUAGCUGAUCCAAAAACACACUUACCAUUUCAAAAUGAGUCAAUGGAUGUUGUUCUUUCGAUUGAAACAACAAAUCUUUUUGAUGAAAUAGUAGCAGUGAAGAAAUUCGUCGAUGAAAUUACUCGCGUGCUUACUCCUAAUGGAUACUUUCUCUGGUGUGGCUUGUGUAAUGUAGAUGGUUCAAGUUUAUUGAUUGAUUAUUUAUCAGCAAAUAAUACAUUUAUAAUUAAAGAGAAGGUCAAUAUUACAAGAAAUGUUCUUCAUGCACUUGACAUUCAAAAUAAUUCAUGUGCUGACUUUAUUGACCGUUAUAUUCAACCUGCAGAUCAAGAAUCUUUUCAUUUAUUGGCUGGAUUACCUGGCACUCAACUUUAUGAUAAUAUGCAAGAAGGACGAGCAGAAUAUUGGCGAAUUGUAUUUCGAAAGAAGACAACAACAAAUAUGCCUAUCAUCUGA